AUGGAAAAUGUGACUGAUGCUCAAAACGCAUAUAAACUGUGGAGGCUGGAAAAGGACGGAAGAGAAUUCCGAGUGAUUCACGAAGAGCAAAACGAUGCUCACAAAGCGCAUGAGUCACCUGUUGCAAAAUAUACGAAUUGUAAAUUUUGGGAGAAUUAUUUAUCUCUACACUUCGACAUUUUUAAGCCAAAUUGUCAUUUAUAUUUGAAAAAUGAAAUUAAAACUACAAUAUUUGAAGUUGAAAACGUGAAAUUAAACAACAAAAUUAUUCAAGAUGAAGUUUAA